UCCGGUUAGUAGUUAUUAGUGUUUCAUAUGGAGAAACUCUCAGAGGAAAACCAAAAACAAAACCAAAACCAAUUUUCAGCGACAAACUCAUCUCCUCUUUACGAUAACAGUGAGUUGUGGGAUUGUGGCAGCACACUGUAUGACUCGUUCGAACUCAACUCCUUCAAACGCCAACUCGACUCAGCUAUAGCAAAUUCCCCUAGAACCCUUUCCAUGUCUCAUUUACCAGAACGUCGACGUUUACCACUUGCACCAAAUUCAUCGGUCAUGCCCAGAAAGUCCUUCAACAUCUCUCGCUCCUUUCAGAAAUUUCUUCGCUCCGUUUUCAAGUCCAACAAUAAAUCCACCACUGCUAGUUUCCAAGGAACAGACAAAUACUCCAAAGAGAGUUUCUACGUUGUUUAUGAUAAGUCUGGACCCGUUCUCUCCACCAUUCCCGAAGUUCCAGAAUUUGAGAUUGGUGCACUUUCGCCGGAGAUCUCUUCCUUGGUCAGAAGGUCAGCUUCCGAGCGGUUCACUGCCACCGCAAUCGGUGUUUCCUGCGCUUAGGAGAUUACGGAUUUUGUUUUAGACGUUAAUAGUUAAUCUAUUUUUUAAAUUAGCGUUGUCUUGUAAUCAAUUACUAGCAUAUGUGAAUUAGCGUGAAGAAGAAU